CCACCCGCUCCCCUCGCCGUAUACUACUCCAUCCAACGCAAGGGUCCCAGACAGAGAGAGCGAGAGAGACAGAGAGAGAGAGAGAGAGAGACGACGACGGGCGAGGGGCGGGGAGAAGAGCGAGGCUGCCGGAAGAGGGAGCUUCUUCGGGGCGGAGAUUGAUGGACACGCCUGACCGCGCGGCGGCCCCGGCGGCGGCCAGGGCGGAGGACUCACCGCUUUUCAGCUUCAUCAACAGCUUGUCUCCGAUCGAGCCUCUCAAGUCUGCCUACUCCGGGAAUGGCCUCCAAGCAUACCAUCAGUCGCUCAACGUCACCUCCGUUUCCUCAAUCUUCACGUCCCCGCAUCACAAUGCACACAAGGAAUCAAAACUCUCCAAGAGCUCUUUCGCUGACUACACUGAAAACGAGCUUUGCAUGGAGGACGGCACCGAUAAAAACAAGUCACCCACUUCUUCAACGGCUGUUAGAUUGUUCGCCUGCACUAGCACCAUAACUCGAGAGAGCCACACGAUGAUUACCUGCUCAGUAAAUGAAGGCAUUGUUGAUCCUCCCAAAGGGCCUAAUGAUUUUCCUCAACCUGGUCGAUUCGAUUCUGGCAGUCCGGAUCACAACACAGCGCCUUGCCACGGUGUUAGUGUUAGGUCAGAUCUUAAACAGGACAAAUGUCCGAAAUUAGAAACAGUCCAAACCACUAAUAAUACUGUGGAGAAAAGGAAAUGUUUGUUUUCCAGUGACAUGCAGCUCCAGGAUGGUUGCCAGCCUGCAAAAGAAAAUAAUGAAGUUAUGGGAUGUGAAUGGGAGGACUUAGUUUCUGUCACUUCGGGCGAACUUUUGGCCUUUGACUCAUCAAUGGACCAACAUCACACAGGAGUUCAGCUGGCAGUUAAUAAUGCAGAAUCUUGUGGAUAUUUGCUAUCAAAACUUGCAGGAGGUGCUGACAUCUCUGAUAGAACACACCCCGCUACAUCCAGUCAAGCAUACUAUCAUGAGAUGGUAGUGGGAGAAGAUAAGACAGAAAAUGGCCAGCUCUUUCCUGAAGAUAAAAAAACAAUCUUAAGUGAAGAAAUACAGGAUAAUAUUAAUGAAGAGAAUGCAUGUAUUCCAUUAGGCUGCAAGGUUGAGACCCAACAACGAGGAGUUCGAAGACGCUGCCUUGUUUUUGAGGCAGCUGGGUAUUCACAUAGGACUGUGCAGAAAGAAUCUGUUGGGGAUUUGUCCUUCUCAACAUGCAAAGGCAAAAGUUCUGCCCAAAAUCACAGAAAUCCAGGAAAAACUCCAUCACCACAUGUAUUCCGUGGUAUUGGUCUUCAUUUGAAUGCUCUUGCCUUAACAUCAAAAGACAAAAUGGCUUGUCAGGACCCUUUGGCUACUGCCUUGGUUCCAUCACUGAAAACUGAACAGGACGUGCAUGGGAAUUUGCUGUCUGCUGGAGGAAAUUUUGUCCAUUCAGGUAGUGGUUUGUUAGACCUUCAGAUGGAUAAUGAUGAUUGCUCAGUUGGAGGUUUUCUUGGAAAUGAUCAUAAUUCAAGUCAAAGCAGCAGCCCCCCAAAGAAGAGGCGUAAAUCAGAUAAUGGUGACGAUGAUUCAUGCAAGCGUUGCAGCUGUAAAAAGUCAAAGUGCUUGAAACUUUAUUGUGAGUGCUUUGCUGCUGGCGUGUACUGUUCUGAACCUUGUUCAUGUCAAGGAUGCCUUAACAAGCCUAUACAUGAGGAAAUUGUUCUCUCCACUCGAAAGCAGAUAGAAUUCCGGAAUCCGCUGGCAUUUGCUCCAAAAGUGAUCCGCAUGUCUGAGGCUGGUCAGGAGACUCAGGAAGAUCCUAAAAACACUCCUGCUUCUGCUCGUCAUAAGAGAGGAUGCAAUUGCAAGAAGUCAAGCUGUCUCAAGAAGUACUGCGAAUGCUAUCAGGGAGGUGUUGGUUGCUCCAACAACUGCAGAUGCGAAACCUGCAAAAACACUUUUGGCACUAGAGAUGUUGCCGUAUCAGCUGAGAAUGAAGAAAUGAAGCAAGAAGGCGAUCAGACUGAAAGUUGUGAAAAAGAGAAGGAAAAUGACCAACAAAAGGCUAAUGUACACAGUGAAGAUCACAAACUGGUUGAGCUUGUCGUCCCAAUAACACCACCUUUGGAUGUUUCCAGUUCUUUGCUCAAACAGCCAAACUUCUCUAAUGCAAAGCCACCUAGACCAUGUAAAGCCCGCAGCGGGAGUUCCUCUCGGUCUUCAAAAGCCUCUGAAACAGUUCAGUCUCGCAAAAUCUCGAAGGUUGGUGAUAGCGUGUUCAUUGAGGAAAUGCCUGAUAUUCUAAGGGAGCCUUCUUCUCCUGGCAUCGUGAAGACUUGUUCCCCUAAUGGAAAAAGAGUUUCACCGCCACAUAACGCGCUCAGCAUUUCACCAAACCGAAAGGGAGGGCGGAAGCUGAUACUGAAAUCCAUCCCCUCGUUUCCGUCACUUGCCGGAGACACGAACGGCGGGUCUGCAAUAUGCAGCUCCGACAGCGCAACAGCCCUUGCUCUAGGUCCAUCUUAAAAGCUGGGCUGGGCAGCCGAUUAUCCGCGACCGGAGUACGACUUGUAGUCCGAUAAUGGUACCUCACAUAUGAACUCUGCGGCAAGGGUCAAGGUACUGUGAGAGAAUGUCGUGUCAUGUUAGAACUCAGGUAGUCUGUAUUUGUAACAUAUGUAGCGAGUGAAUAUUCUGUAUGUAAGAUGUUAUGAAGUCGUCGUCGUCGUCAUGAAAUUCUAUUAAUACUACAUAAAUCACCUCUGAUUAGUCAGGAGGUUUACUUGAUGCAAUUCAAUUCCAAGUUUUUCUUGAGAAACUA